GCAGGGAAGAGAAGACAACUUUGUUUCCGGACAAGAUAACGAGGGACACAUGGCAGAAUGCUAAGGCACAGAUUACAGGGUGAGGCAAUCCGCACAGACAAAAUUUGCCUGUGAAUUUGAAUUCCUCCAAACAUUUUUUUAUCCAAAACCAUGAUCACCAGCAGCCUCACCAACAUCCCAACUCUCCUCCGAGCCCACAGCACCACCAAGCUCCACAAUCACUCAGUUCUCCCACUGAUCAAAGCAUCAAUCUCAGCCCAAGAACAUGCAACCUCAAACCGCAGAAGAAUCAUACUAACCACAAUUUUAGCCACUUCAGUAGCUCCUCCAGCACUGGCGGAGAACUGGGGUGUCCGCUCAUUCUUAUGGGAACGUUUCUUUGAGCCUGAUUUAUCCCCAGAAGAUUCAGUUGCAAGAAUUAGGCAAACUGCUGAGGGACUACAUAGCAUUAGGAACAUGCUGGAAACCAUGUCUUGGAGAUAUGUCAUAUUCUACAUCAGGCUCAAGCAAGCUUAUCUCUCUAAAGAUUUGAAAAUUGCUAUGGCUACUUUGCCUAAAGGUCGCUGGAAAGAGUACGUUGAGUUGGCUAAUGGCCUGGUUGAUAACAUGGCUCGGCUUGAUCAAUAUGUUCGGUCGCCGAAGGUAUACGAAUCCUAUUUAUACUAUGAGAAGACGUUGAAAUCCAUAGAUGAUAUUGUGGCAUAUUUGGCAUAGAACAUGCUUAUAUGUGUUUUUAUACAUAUAUGUGAGGAUGCAACUCUCUUUUUUUUUUAAUUACAUUUAAUGCUUAUCUAAAAUUGAUGC